GCUUUCUGCCCAGGACCCGCUUCACAUUCGCGGCAUGCUGGAUUGAUUUGCUAGCUGCCUAGCUCCCACCUGCCGCCCCCACAGAAAGUUCUGAUGAAAACGCCGUAAAAACCCGUCAAAUAUUCCCCUGUCGUUGUUUUCUUUUCUGUUGAAUAUCUCUCUGACUUCCUUCCUAGCCAUACCUCACUUGGUAUAUGUCUUGUACAUAUUCCCUUACCUUCGGCUUCUGAAUUUCUGAUACUGAUUCUCUUUAUCCAUGCCUCUUCCCACCCGUUUUACCCUCUUCUUUGUAAUCCUACUCAUCUGCGGUCACGCUCAUGGCCGCCACGUUAUCCGCCUUCCAUCAUCGUCUUCCUCCUCUGAUCCGAUCUCAGAUGGAGUCUCUCGUGAUCCUGUGCAGAGCAAGCACAUACUGCUACCCCGGACGUUUCAGUUUCUGACGGAGUCCACCUGUGAACAGACGUAUGGGUUCUUACCCUGCACCACUACUGUGCUUGGAAACUUGUUCCUCAUCAUCAUCUAUGGAUUUCUUAUGUACAAGGCAGCUACUUACUUGUCCAGUGGGAGUGAGCUCUUGCUUGAGAUCUUGGGCCCUGGUAUAGUUGGUGGCUUGUUCCUUCCCAUCCUUGGUGCUCUUCCAGAUGCCAUGCUUAUACUCGUAUCCGGGCUUUCUGGUAGCAAAGAAACCGCUCAAAGUCAGGUCUUUGUUGGAAUGGGCUUGCUAGCUGGGUCAACAGUUCUGCUUCUGACUAUUAUUUGGGGAACCUGCGUAAUUGUUGGGAAGUGCGACCUUGUGGAUUCAAAAGCAAUAGAUUCACAAGACACGAGGGGGUUUAGCUUAACCGGCUCCGGUGUUAGUACAGAUAUUUGGACAAGUUAUGCAGCAAUGAUUAUGGCCGCAUCCGUCCUUCCAUUUCUGAUUGUUCAGUUACCACAAAUUCUUAAGUCAACUUCAGGAAGGCACCUGGCUGUUUUGAUUGCACUCAUUGUCUCCUUGUCUCUGUUGGUUGCUUAUUGCCUUUACCAGAUUUUCCAGCCUUGGAUACAAAAGAGAAAACUUGAUUAUGUGAAACACAAGCACGCUAUUUUAGGCCUUUUGAGACACUUAAAGCAGCACGCAUUGGGAAGGUUACUAAGAGAUGAUGGUGAACCUGAUGAAGAUAUUAUUAGAAAGUUGUUCAAGAGAAUUGAUGAGAACAAGGAUGAAUACCUUUCUUACGGUGAACUAAGAGCACUAAUUAUUGGAAUUGAAUUUGAGGGGAUUGACCUGGAUCAUGAUGAUGCUGUAAAAAGAAUAAUGGAAGAUUUUGAUACUUCUCGGGAUUCACGUCUUGAUGUAAAUGAAUUUUUAAAUGCUAUACGUAGAUGGCUUCGAAGGGCUAUGCGUUCUAAGGCUGCUUCUGGGGAUGCUGGUCCGCAGACAAUAAAGUUCUUAAACGAUUUUCACCAAGAAACUGAAAGGGAACGUGAUCUAUUGCAUGUGGGAAAUCAUAGCGAUACAGUUGAGGAGGGUGUAGCUGAUACUAAAUGGAAUGUUAUCAAAGCAGUGCUGCUGCUGCUUCUUGGGGCUAUCGUAGCAGCUGUAUUUGCUGAUCCUUUGGUUGAUGCAGUUGAUAACUUUUCUGAUGCCACAAGCAUUCCUGCUUUCUUCAUCUCCUUCAUCGCGCUGCCUUUUGCUACAAAUUCCAGUGAAGCAGUGUCAGCAAUCAUUUUUGCCAGUCGUGAUAAAAGGGAAACAGCCUCAUUAACCUUUUCUGAGCUAUAUGGGGCAGUGACAAUGAACAAUGUGCUGUGCCUAUCGGUGUUCUUGGCCCUUGUCUAUGCAAGGGGAUUGACAUGGGACUUCUCUUCAGAAGUGCUGGUUAUUGUCAUAGUUUGCGUUGUCAUGGGUCUCUUUGCCAGCUUCCGCACCAGCUUCCCUCUCUGGACGGCUAUAAUGGCUAUCCUACUGUACCCAUUUUCCCUGGUCUUGGUGUAUGUUCUUGAUUAUGUGUUUGGCUGGUCAUAGGCCUUGAAAUGUUUUCAAAUGUCAUUACUUUGUUUGGUUUUUAAUAAAUUCAGUUGUCGGGAUGUUUUGUUAUUAUAGUGUUCCUUGAGAGUGCUCUAUGGUUGCCAGCCUCCUUUAGGUGUGAGACUUACAUAAUAAUGAUGAGAUUGUCUUCAAUUGAUGUCA